UCACUUUCAACAAUCGACGACAUGGUUCGAAUAUCACUCCUCCUCGGCGCGUGCGCCCUUGUUGGGUCCAAUGUCGCGUCGACUAUCCCAUCGACAAUGCCUCCACCACCUUCGGGCGUCUACGAGACUGUCCCAGCUCCUCCUUCUACCCCACCGAAAGAGAACUGCACUUGCGACGGUGACAACAACACUUCUGCGGGGAUUCCCAUGACUGCAGAGUUUGCCAAUUUGCAGAGAGACUAUCAGAUGAACACUCUGGCUUCGCUCAAGGGGAAUGACAAAUGUACCCCGUCGAACAUCGCUAUUCGCAAGUCAUGGGACGAGAUCGACAACGAAACCCGCCUAGAUUUCAUUCGCGCAAUCAAAUGCCUUGCAGCUAAACCAGCAAAGACCGACAAGAAGCUCGCGCCGGGUGUGGUCAACAGAUUAGAUGACUUCACAUACAUCCACAUCAACCAAACCAACAUCAUACACAACUCCGGCUACCUUCUGCCCUGGCACCGCAUCUUCCUCCAGCAAUUCGAAACCGCCAUGCGCGAAGAAUGCGGCUACAAAUCCUAUCUCCCGUACUGGGACAACACACGCUUCAGCGAAGAUCAAACCAAGUCCAAAGUCUGGGACGGCUCCAUGACAUCCUUCGGCGGCAACGGAGUCUACCUUGAAAACGAUCACGGCCCUUACAAAGCCAUCCUCCCAGGCCUUGUCCAGAAAAACUUCACGCUUCCUAAGCCGCCCGGCACGGGAGGCGGGUGCAUCACCACGGGCCCAUUCGUCAACUUCACCAUCAGCCUUGGACCUGUCGCGCUCGAGACCAUCGACCCCAAGAACAGAUUCGGAUUAGAGCCUAACCCGCGCUGUCUCAAGCGCAAUUUCGACCCGAAAUCCAGCGCGGGAGUGCUGACUUGGGCCAACGCGACUAAGAUCGCUGGCGCGCCUAAUAUCUCGCAGCAUCGCAACAACAUGGAUCUUCUCUGGCACAAAAACAGCCACACUUUUGUUGGCAAGGACGGCGCGGAUCCGUUCUCGACGACCAACGAACCCGCUUUUUACUUGCUCCAUGCGCAGAUUGACCGCCUCUAUGCGAUUUGGCAGGGACAGGAUCUGGAGAACCGCAAGUAUGCGAUUGAUGGGAAUAGGACUUUCUUGGGGAUUCCGUUGGAGUAUGCGCCUGAUGUGAAGCCUUCCCUCGCGGAGAUUGACGAUGUUAUGGAUUUGGGAUUGGGGGUCAAGCCAAAAGUCAAAGAGACUAUGUCUGCGACGGAUAAUGGGAUGUGCUACAUGUACGCCUAG